AAUUGCUGCAUCAUGAUCAUGACUGAAAGUGUUGAUUCUCUAGUUGCUGUUUCCAGCCAAGACCUCUGGACUGAAAUCUGUUCAUCUCUGCCACAUCCAGAUCAGAAUGAAGAGUCCAAUAAUGCAUUUGCAGAUUCCUUUGCAGAUUCUUACAUUCAUGUGAUGGAGAAUCAGAUGGAAGUAACAGGCCCCUCUCUGCAAGUGAAUGAGAAGCCCUGGGUACCAUUGAAAGAUUCAGAGCUCUACUUGGCCUCUUUAGAGAGAAGAUUAAUGAGAAUAAAGGGUUUGUCUCAGGAAGUGACAUCCAAAGAUAUCCUGCAUACACUUUCUCAGGCUAAGAAAGAAAGUUGGGACAGGUUUCUGCAGGAGAAGUCCGAAUCUGACUUUUAUUUGGAGGGAACAGAUUCUGAUGAGAGUACUUUGGAAUACUUGAAACGUUGGCUACAACCAGAGAAGGUGGCCGUCAGCAGUGAGGAGAUCCAGUAUCUCAUCCCUCUUGGAGCUCCUCCUGAGAAGCAAGAGGCUGGAGAAGAUGAAGAACCUGCGCCUGUAGAACAGUGAAUGCACUCGGAUCUCGCUUGCAGCACGGAUGGCUGUUGGCACGUUGGGUGAAAAUACCAAAAGAAGGAUAGAGUUUGUUUGAAAUAGACCUUGUGGAUUUUUUCUCUCCACCAAAGUUUAUAAUGUACAGAUUCUGAUUUAAAGUCAUACGUAAUGUUGCAGAUUUUAAUUAAUUGUGUAUAAUUGGUUAAGACGACGAAACGUGAUAGAAUAACUUAAUUUGGCAAACAGGUUUAAAUCCUCUUCCUUCAAAUGCAGAGAAGAUUUUGCAGUUAAAUGAUCAUCUAUGGAAAAAUUCUUAGCAAUACUUUCCUCGCAGAAUAUAAUUCCAUCAUUCACAUCUCCCCUGAUUUACCCACAGGUAUCUUUUUCCCAACUUGGGAAAAAAAAACCUCCGAAGAUCUGUACCUUUUCCCCUGGGAAGUGAAAAAUGUCUGCCAUGAUUUUUUUGGGCUAAAAGUUGAGCCACACCACUGCAGUUUCAUCCUUGGGUGGAAUAAGCACCUCCUAGCAAAAACACAAGAAAUGCUGGGUAGAAAAAAAUUGUCCUACUUUGUGUAGCUUUUUUCUGUUAUGGCUAUUUCUUUUUUUUAUCAUUCAUUUCAUCUAAGGAUUGAUACCAUCUUUUCAUUUUUUUAUUUUUUGCUUUGGGCUAAUACUUAUCCACACUUUUUCUUCCUCUUAUUUCUUUUGCUGCAAAAAGUAAAAGACAAUGCAUAAUGAAGAAAAAACCCCAGAGCUGUCAGUUGAAUGAAGAAGACAAAGUUUGAUAUAAGGGCAGAACAGAAAUGCAAGUUUUUGUAGUAACUUUCCCAUUUUGGAGUUUUUUGGGGGGUGGGUGGGGGAAGACUGCUAGGAGGUCAUUCUCCCAUUCAAUGCUAUAACAUAGCUUUGGUCUUUCUCUCUCCCCCUUUUUUAAUCACCAGGCCUUUAUAGUUUUUGCAUCCAACCCUUCUUUUCAUUGGUUUGCUGUCCACUAUAUGCUGUUUGGACGUUUUUUUUUUUUAAUGCUUUUUCUUUUCUAUUUCCAUGGAAAUUAUCAUUAACAACUAUAUAUGGAAAAAAAUGAGGACAGCCGCUAUCUGAAUUUCAUUGUUUACCAAUUGGCAAAGUUAUGUAGUCAAAUCUGAGUGGCUACAUGCCACCUUGAUAGGUCUGAGUAAGGAGAAAAACAACUCAUUUUUAAAAAAAGAGUGCAACAAUUAUUUGCGUUGGUUUAGCUGUAAGACAGCAUAUAAUUAUAUUGGGCAAGUGAUAUGAUACUCCCACUGUGGGGUUUUGUUCUUUUUUGCACUGAAAUUCUCAACUGGAAGUUCUGAUGUCUGUUUAAAUGCAGGUCAUUGUUAUUUCUUCUCUAAAAUUGAAGAGAUAUCUUGUUUUAUGAAACAGAUCAGGAAAUAAAAAUUCACCAAAUGUAUUAGACAAAAUGUUGAAAACUUGAGAAGUUUACAUAUUAUUUCUUUACUGAAUUGAUUUCAAAUGUAGCCAAACUGGAUUUUCUGAAUCUGGAAAUAUAAUAUGAAUAGUGGAUUGUAUAGUUUGAUUUUGCUUUGUCUGUAAUCUGAAUAUUGUCUACUUGUAUAAUUAAGACUUUAAAAGUUGAUUGUGA